CCACAUACGGCACCUCAGUUUCAUAGUAAUUAAGGCCCUGUUUGCGCCCUGUAUAAACUUCCAUCAAUUCCCACUUUCUACUCACAAAAUACUCUCUUCUCUUCUCUUCUCAUCCUUAUUAUUAAAUAAUGUCUCCCAUAAAAAUAUUACUAUUGUCUAUCUUCACUUUGUGCUUGAUAUCUGCACAUGCUGCAAGAUUUGACAUCAUCAACCAAUGCUCUUACACUGUCUGGCCAGCUGCCACUCCCAGCGGCGGCGGUAGGCAGUUAAACUCAGGCCAAACAUGGAGCAUAGACAUCCCAGCUGGAAUUUCUGGCCAAGUAUGGGGCCGAACUGGUUGCAGUUUUGAUGGCUCAGGUCGUGGUAGUUGUCAAACCGGUGACUGUGGUGGUGCCCUAAGUUGCACCUUAUCUGGUAAAUCUCCACUCACACUUGCCGAAUUUACCCUUAACGGUGGAAACAAUCAAGAUUACUUUGAUUUAUCUGUGAUUGAUGGUUUCAACAUUCCAAUGCAAUUUGGUCCAACCUCUAAUGGAUGCAACAAAGUACUAACUUGCCAACAAUCUUCUUGCCCUGAUGCUAUUGAGUUUCCUAACGAUGGUACUAAAUUACCUUCAUGCCCAAGUGGUACCAACUAUAAAGUUGUCUUCUGCCCUUGAAAUACAUAUAUAUGCUCCACAACCCUUUUAUGUUUUUCUAAAGCCAAUAAACAAAAUGUGAUAAUUUGUCUGCACCAUGUGUAAGAUAUGUAAUCCAAUAUUGCUUAAUUUAGGCGUGAGAUUAUUUUUAAAUAAUCUAUCGCCAAAGCAAUAUAAUGGAGUAAAUAUGAACUUCUAUAGAUCCAGUCAAUUUUUAAUCUAAUCUUAUUUUAUUUUUAAAUAAAUGAAAGCAUCUAUGAAGAUAAUAGAAAAAUUAGAAUU